GAACGUUCUACCAGAGUCGCGGAAAGCUACGUGCCUCGGCGAUAGAGCCGAUGGGUCGAUGCAAAGCCGGUACAAUCCCGGUUCCCUGCCCGCGCAGGCCGAUGGAGACGCUCCGAGCAAUGUUGCCUCCUGGGUCCAACGCUAGCUGCCUGGCACUCCCAGACGUCGAGUCGCGCAAAAACCGGGGCAAGCAUGAAAGUGAUCGCGAUGACUGGUUGUCUGAAGGCUUGACGCGGGAGGAUGUCGAUAUUUUGCGAGCUCGUGCAGCAGAUCUGAAUAGACAAGGGUUCAUGUCCAUGUUGCCUUACAUCGACUUCUGCUGGAACCCAAAGGAUCCAAACACCUGA